AUGGCUGGACGAACAAGAAAUAAUAACAACGGUAAUGGUGAUGGAGUGUCUGAUGGCAAUGUUGCUCGAAUUAUACGCGCGAUUGCUGAUAGGGUAGGCAAUAUACCACCCCGAAACCAAGAUCAAAACAAAUCUGAAAUGAUAGCAAAAUUUGAAAAGCUAUAUCCCCACAAAUUCCUUGGUGGAUCAAACCCCCAUGAAGCUGAAGCUUGGGGAAGCAGAUCAUUGGUGGAAAUGAUCAAAGCUACUCGACAAGUAGAGACAUUAACUUUGAGACAAUUCGAAGACCUAUUCAUGGAAAAGUAUUUUCCUAACUCGCUAAGACAAGAAAUGAUUCAAGAGUUCCUCCAACUGAAACAAGGAAAAAUGUCAAUCGCUCAAUAUGCGAACCGUUUUGAAGCUCUUUCACGAUACGCUUCAGCCAUAGUAGCAAAUGAAGAGGAUAAGGUUAGGCGAUUUGAAUGGGGCUUGGACACAGACAUUAGAGGAAGAUUGAUCGCAGUGCAACUUUCUACCUAUGCUCAAAUGGUGGAUCGAGCUUUAAUUGUGGAACGGGAGUUAGCGGAUUCCGAAUGCAUUCGAAAUCAGCGAUCAAGGAACAACAACCAACUACGCGGAGGAGGCCCAGUCCGCAACACCAGAGACCAUCCUGCGCCAGCACCUUAUGCCGAAGGGUUACAGCAGCAAUGA